AUAUUAUUGAGGAAGGCCAAAAGUGAAAUUCUAGCUGCUUGGAGCAAACUUUUCUGCUCUGAAAUGUUGUUGUUGAACCAUUGAGUUCUCGAAUGAUAUAUCGGUAUAGGGAAACCACUAGCCGCUUCGGCCAUGAUCGAUCGCAUUUGCGUGGUGGACGAAGCCUUGGCCUCCUGCUUGAAUAUGGUAGCCGACACGAACGCCCUAACUUUGGAAUUUGAGUGCGUCCGAGCUAGAGACAGAUUGGAAUGCCUGAAACUGAUACAGAACGGACUAGCGGAUUUUGCACCGUUCGAGCCAGAAGACAUGUAUAUUGCGGCGAAAUUCAUGGACGACUCGUUGGCCAUCUUUCUUGAAAUGCGCAAUGCCAUCACUCAGUUAGAUGUGUUUCGGUUUUUGAGCGUCGCUGUAGUUCGCAACGACGCCAACAUCAAUUAUCCUGCUGAUCUACGUGGAAAAGUCUCUUGCCACACUGGUUACGGGAGAACAGCAGGUUGGCACAUGCCAAUACCCAGAUUGAUGACGGAAAGAUUGAUCAAACCGGAUUGCACUGGGGUAAAUCCGGUCAUAGAGCACGAAUUGGCUGCCGUGUCAGAUUUUUUUUCACGCGCUUGCGUGCCCGGAAAGUGGUCACCAGAUGACAAUACGGACCAAUUAUUCAAACGGAAAUAUCCCAAUUUAUGUUCGGCUUGCAACGAUCCCUAUCGAUGCUCGGACGGCGAUGAAUAUUCCGGAUUCGAAGGAACACUCCGGUGUGUCACACAAGGACUGGGUCAAGUAGCUUGGACUAGUUAUACUACCGUUAGGCGCGUGUUCGGCAUGGAUACAGUCACUCCGAGCAGUGAAAUCGUCAACUUUAGUUUCCUGUGUCCAGAAGGUGGCCGUCGGCCAUUAACGUCGCCUUUUCCUUGUGUCUGGUCGGCGAAACCGUGGAAUGCCUAUAUGACCCGGAAAGUCACUGCAGUAGCAAUAAUGAGGGAUAUGCAACAGCGUAUUGGUCGGGCGGUGGAAUUGGCCCGUACGGCUGGCAACGUACGAUCAGCUGACUGGCUCACGCGGGUGCUGGGUUUCGAACCCGACGCUGUUGCCGUACCCAUGGAUGAAUUGACGGUUUUCACAGCAGCCGAAUAUCUGGCCAGAAGUAAUUUUACGCUAUCGAUUGAAGGACGUGGAUGCCGAGGACGGAUACUCCGUUUUUGCGUAGUUUCGGAAAAAGAGCAACGCAAGUGCCAAGAUUUGAGAAUGGCCGCUCUCUCAAGGCGUGUUUUGCCGGAGAUUACAUGUGUCCGUGGAUCGACGACGAUGGAUUGCAUGGAUCGUAUACGACGAGGAGAAGCCGAUAUGAGAACCUUUGACAGUAAUGAUGCUUUCCGAGCUGGCAGGUCGUACAACUUGAAGCCAGUCGUGACAGAGAUUUACCCCAACACACAGGAAUCGGCUUCUUAUGCUGUAGCGGUGGUCAAAUCCAAUUCUGGAAUUAAUCGACUGGAAGACUUGCGGGAUAAACGAUCAUGUCAUACAGGAUUCGGCCGGACUGCCGGCUGGAAUAUUCCCGUCUUUGCGCUCUCACAACGCCAACUCAUCUAUCCACAGCGAUGUCGAUUUGGUCGGGCAGUCAGCCAAUUUUAGCAAUCUUGUGUCCCCGGUGCCAAGGACUUUGUGAACGACAUUUUCAGAGAUAAUCCGUUAUCGCUAUGUAGCAUGUGCGUUGGCAACCAAGCCUUGGGUGGAGCUGGUCGGUGUUCUGCCGAGCCGACCGAAGAACUUUUUGCCGGAUUCCGAGGAGCAUUCCAUUGCUUGGUGGAGGGCGGAGGAGAUGUGGCAUUUGUCCGACACACCACGCCUUUUGAAAACACUGAUGGAAACAACCUGGAAGCCUGGGCGGUGGGCUUGAGUUCCAACAACUUCCGGCUGUUGUGUCGCGACGGAGGUGUUCGACCCGUACAGGAAUACCAGACCUGCAAUUUGGGCAAAGUGCCCGCGCCCAAAGUAAUGACGGAUGGUUGGAAAUCUGCCGAACGGAGUCAGGACAUCCGGGCUGUCAUGUUGAGACUUUCUGACCUGUUUAGCCCGUCGUUUGGAGGCCAAGUCAUCUUCCGUCUUUUCGGGCCUUACGAGGGCGUCCCCAACCUCCUUUUUACUGAUUUCGCAGAGAGGCUUGGCGAUCUGGGACCGGUGGAUUACAUACAAGGGCUUGGUCACGAUUUUGUACGAAUGAUGGAACAGACCACCUGUGGUUCUGGAAAGCUUCAUCACGCUGUUGCCACCGGCGUUGUUAUGACAGUCUUCACUUGCAUCGUGUCCAUCUAUUAUCGCUGA